CGAAUGGUCACUUACUAUAGUGUUAUUGUUUUCAUUUGUUUGAGUUGCUCGCCGGCAAAAUGAACUUCUGCAGCAUCGGUGAAUUUCAAGUGAUUUUACAGCAAUAUAAAUUUAGGUCACAUAAAAUAUUGUGUACAAUCAAAAUAUUACCGGAUGUUGUAAAGUUAUACAAAUAUAAAGAGCCGGAAAAUGAUUACAACUGGAUGACAGCGGCGCGUUGGAGCAGAUUGGAGAGCUGUUUGCAAAGAACAUUGGCAGACAUUGGUAACUGGAAGCGUGAAGCAUGCAAGCUAAAAGUCAACAUGCAAGUUGACAAUUUUAAGGUUUCAAUAAAGGCAACACAGCAGUAUUUGCCCGCAUCAGAGAAGCUGCUGAACGAUGAUGAGUUAUCGAAAGUGAACUUAGGCCUUGAGAUAGUGCUGCAAUACAUGUCGCACGAGGAUAUCAUUAUCCAGAGUAACGAGAGAGUGCCAUUUAAACGAACUCAAUUGGAUGCUGAGGGAAGAAACAAUUCAACCUCACGGUCUAGUAAGACGAUGGAAAGCGAGCUGCAGAGCAGCCAAAAAGCUUCAUCGUCGAGAAAAAUACCACCAUCGUCAUUAUCCUCCCGAGACCGAAGAUCGAUGUCGCUAGAUAGUAAACAACAAAAGAUCUCGGAGUCAAUCACCCAAAGUGAACACAUGUCGCGUGAAACGCGAUCAAAGCGCUUAAAGAGUCCGCGUUCAAGGUCAAAUUCUAGAGAAGCAAAGCAAGAACGUCGCUCACCUCGUUCUCCAAUAAAGACAGAUCGUUACAGGGAAUAUGUCAUGAGCAAAGAAAAGUCAAGUAAGCACAAGAUAAAAGAUUCCGUACAAAAAGAUGACUCUAGUUCAAAAAAAAUAAAAACCAUAAAACCUUCACCAAUUGUGCAACUCAAUGGAGAAGCUCUUCGGAAAAUCAACGAAAUGCUCGAUGUUCCCAAGCCACGUAAAGUAGAUAUACUACUACUGGAGGACAUGGACGAGGCAACAGUUUUGAACACAUUUGAGAAAUAUCGGGUUAACUUUGAUCAGGUAUUCGAGGAAAGGCAGCAUAAGUUUCAAACCACAAAUUACCUGUCCAUUGAUCAUUGCCAUAUUAUGCAUAUCUUAAAUGAAACUAUACGUUCCAACAUGAUUAAGAAACUCGGUGAAGUUUACUGCAAAUCUGGCCCGCAUGGAACUCUUAUUAUAAACGCUUUAUUACCACUUUGGAUAAUUCGUUUGUUUAUGGACAAAUAUCAAUUUACUGAGGAUGAGGCAGUACGUCAAAUUGCAGACCAAUUGAAAUAUAGCACCUAUCAAAAUGCUCUAAAGAAUGAGCCACUUUGCUUGCAUUGAAAGUGGCUCAGCAAAUAUUAUUAUUGUUGUAAAACCACGGUUGCCACUUCAAAAAUUUUUAACGAGCCAAAAAAAAGAUUAAAAAUUAGCCAAUUUUAAUAAAAAAGACCCAAAUUUUUAUUUAACAUU